AUGGAUUCCACCUCGACCCAUUUCGUCAGCGAGGACAUGUCUGAGAUAAGAAAACUGGUAGAGGUUUUCAACGAGCGCGGUGUAUUCAACACGUCCUUCGCGAAACUUGUAAGCUUAUCGACUAGACUAAUUGCCGACGACUCCGUGAAUGCUGAUGAUGCAAAGUCGGUCGGAGCUAAAAUUCUGCAGUCAAUGGUUGGUGAGACGGUCUCAGCGUAUUCGUUUUCACAGAAGAAUCAAGUCAAGACCCUUGCCUCUGCUGUAUACGUGAAAACGCCCUCUGGAGGUCAAGUAGAGCUGGAUCACCCAACACUUGUAUCAGCGCCUUCUUCUCAUGGGUGUCGGAGACAUCCCUCUUUCUGA